GUGGUGUCCGUCUACGUCGUGCCGUCUGCACUGUCUGAGAGCUGAGCACAACAGGAGGAAAAAGCGUUUCUCUUGCAGCAGUUUGUUCGUGCAAAUACCUUCACUGCUUGCUACUAGUUACCAGGAUGAAUGUGGGUGUGGCUCACAGCGAGGUGAACCCAAACACCCGAGUGAUGAACAGUCGAGGGAUUUGGCUGACCUACGCACUUGGUGUUGGUGUGCUUCACAUUGUGCUCCUGAGCAUACCCUUCUUCAGCGUGCCCGUGGUGUGGACUCUAACAAAUGUCAUUCACAACUUAGGAAUGUAUGUCUUCAUGCAUGCAGUCAAAGGCACCCCUUUUGAGACCCCUGACCAAGGAAAAGCCAGACUUCUUACUCACUGGGAGCAGCUCGACUAUGGCGUGCAGUUCACCUCAUCUAGAAAGUUCUUCACCAUCUCCCCAAUUAUUCUAUACUUCCUGGCAAGUUUCUAUACAAAAUACAACACAACACACUUUGUCAUCAACACUGCCUCGCUUCUGAGUGUCCUGAUCCCCAAACUGCCACAGCUGCAUGGAGUCAGAAUUCUUGGCAUCAACAAGUAUUAAUAAUUGUAAAUGCUGCGCCUCUCAGCAACUGAAGCUAAUUCCUGUGUAGUCUGUACCGCCGAUGUGUGUACCAAGUCAUACAGUUUGUGUAACGGCCGCUGUUGUCGUAUAGUAACACCAGAGGGGUGCACUACGAAACGAGGUACGUUGAGCCUAAAGAGUUUUCAGCGUCAUGAAGGUAGCUCUGUUUUUUGUUUUGUUUUUUUUAAACCAGGUGACUCAGCUCUGGGCAGAGGCUACGUUCAAAGUUUUUGUGUAAAAUUAUCUUUUAAUGAGCAGUACAGAUUUUCAGCUGAGGUUAUAUAUGCAAAACCUGUUGAGCCGUGUGUUUGUAAUGCCGCCCAAAGAAGCUGUGCAGUUUUAGUUGAACAAACUGUUACAGCAACAGGGAUUUAAAUGCAUUAGGCUGGCAAUGCAGAAAAAGUGCUUUUAUGUUUGUUCAUAAUUUCCUGCUGAUGUAAAGCAGAGUAGAACACUGAUUUGUCUGAUAUUCAGUCAGUAAACUUACUUCCACUUUGAAAUGGCCAAAAACUCAAGUGAUUUUCAUCCUUUGUUAUGGGACAGGGUCAGGCCUGAAUGCACUUCCUGAGUUGUGUUAGUAAUAAACUGCAGCAAAGAGAAAACACUGAGCAGUGUGUGAUCGCAAAGUUCCACAGCUCUGCCCAUGUUAAUCAAAAUUCUUAACAUCUUUAACGUUUGCUGAUCACUCCUUCAAGAUCGUUUCCUUGGACACCACUGUGGCUAGUUUUAGAUCGCUCCCUGGAUUUGAGCUUUGUCGUCAUGGCUGACUUGAAAUUUGCUCUCUGAGCAAGUUUAAACUUUAGUAGAUCUGACUUUUGUUGUGAGGGCUCAUUGUGUGUGCGUGAAACUGAACUCAAAAACCCAGUGCCCAUCCUAGAACUUGGAAGGCAGUACCUGCAGUUGACCAGUGGUUCACCAAUGAUUCAGAGAUUCUGUCCAUCAUUAUUUUUAUUCCCAUAUAAAAUAUCCGAUCCACUGCAAGAAAUACUGUGGAAUAAUGACUUCACAAACCUGUUGAAAUGAAAGCUGGGUUUUAAGGUAGAACUCUCAUGGCGGUGGUAGAAAGGAAGGAAAAGAUCACACAAAGGAAAAGUUGACAAUAAGUGAAGGGGGCAACUAGAGCAGGGUUCCUGCAGACUGAUUUUUGAAAGGUGUCUGAAUCUGAAAAGGCAGCCCUAGUUUUUAUUAAAGUCUCGAAAUUCCUCAGAUUUGGGGAGGUAAUGUAACAUCUUGAAAUGUGGUGGCUAGUUGGUCAGAGCAGUUACAUUGCUCACUUUACUCAGAAAUGAAGAAACGUAAAUUCGCUGAAUAUUGGCUCUUCAUCCAAGCAUUUGUGUAUGAGUCACAAUAUGUUUUGUUCAGGAAGUGCCACAAUGGGAAUGAAGGUGCGGGGGAAAACCCCUACAAGUUUUGGUUCAGUUGCAAGCAGUUCCGACUAGUUGCCUUACAUUGUUUACCUGCAUAGCUUAGCUUUUUGCUCAACUACAACUACACGAGACAAACAACAUGCAUCUAAAGCAGUGAAAUCUAUAUGUAACAUUUCUUACCCUGUGGAGGCCUGGUGUCAUAAAGCUAAGAUGGCAACAGCACAUACUUGCACAGACGCAAAUUGAAAUGAAAGUGGAAAAAGCUGCGAUUCAGGCGAACUGGGAGUGAUUCAGGACAUGAUACAGAAACAGUGUGAGGAGUCGGGACUUCCAUGGAGCGAUCAAAAAUCAGCGUGCAUGAGGAGGCAAUGUCAAAGCAAAUGGUUUCAUUUUUUUAUGGGCAGAGAUUUAGAACUUUUGUAUUGAGUCCCAUCUUUGUAAGAAACUUUCUUUCUGGCCUGAUGUUUGGCUCUAGUAAUUAUCGUAAAGUCUUCACUGCUCAGUGUGAUCUGCUCCUUUUUUCUUCAACACAGAGUCGGGAUAAACACAUCUCACCUUCAUGACGCCUGUUAUCUCUGCCAGGAGGCCUGGCUGUGUUCAGUUUGCUUUGUGGUGCAUCCCUCUGGUUUAAAGAUGAUAUGUCUGUACAUGACAGGAUGCCAUACGCAUUACUAACUUAUGUGAAUAUUUAAUGAUGUAUUUUCGGCCUGCGUCGACCUGGGCGGGCCCAGGCAUCAGUGAGGCUUUUGGUUGAGUUUAAUUUUCUUCCUUUCUUUGCUCUCAGCUCACACACGGUGAUGCAAAUUGUGUUUCUAGUCACAAAGAUGUUGCAAAUGUAUUUUUCAAAUGUGUCUUACUUUGUGAGGGUAGGAGCCCAUGGCUCGCUGUUUACCGGUACACUCUGGUUUUGUAACGGGUGUCAGACAUUUUCAUGCUGAGGAAGAACAGAAUCAAGCUCUUCUUGUGCAUGAUUUCCUUUGUGAAUCAUUUGUAACCAAUCAGAACAGCAGGCUUUUCUCAUUGUACUCUUUGUGUGCGUGUGUGUGUGUGGAUAUUAUGUAGAAAUGAGACAGAUUACUGUUGUCAGAUUAAGUGUUUACUGAGGGAGCUCCACAGUGUCUUUGUAAUGAACUUACACUCAUGUAGCCACUCUCUUCAUACUUUGAGGGAUUAUUUGAUUUGUUUUUGUUUUGUUUUUUUUGGCUAUAAUUGAGGCAGCGAGUCCUACUUUGUUUGGCCAUAGCUCGUAGUACUUGAUAUUUCUGGUUCUUAAUCUUAUUAAAAUGUUUGCCCUCCA